AUGUCCUCCGACAGCGACCUCGAGCCGCUGCGUAAGAAGGUCAAGAAGACGGCGACGAAGCGGGCCGCGGACUCGGACGACUCGGACUUUGACGAGACGCCGCUGUCGAGCCUCAAGCCCAAGAAAGCCAAGGCCGCGCCGAAGAAGGAGCUCAAGAAGAAGCCGGCGACCAAGGCCAAGGCGUCGGUCAAGGCGUCGGCCAAGGACGCCAAGACGACCAAGAAGAAGGCGUCGAGCAGCAGCAGCGUCAAGGUCAAGUCCGAGUCGGGCGCCGUGCGCAAGCUCAAAGUGCAGAGCAAGUCGGAACGACUGGACAUGGCGAUCAAGGCGUACCGCUGGUGGAACGCGGAAGAGCUCCCGGAAGACAUUCAGUGGCGUACGCUCGAGCACAACGGCGUCAUGUUUCCGCCGUCGUACGAGCCGCAUGGCGUCCCGCUCUACUACGACAACCAGCCCGUCGAGCUGACGCCAGCGCAGGAAGAGAUUGCGUCGUUCUACGCUGCGAUGCCCCUCGACGGCCCGCAGCUCGGCAACCCGAAAACGAGCGAGAUGUUUACCAAGAACUUUUUCGCCGACUUCAAGGAAGCGCUGGGGAAGGGCCACGUGGUCAAGAGCAUGGCCAAGUGCAACUUUGACUUGAUCCGCAAGCACCUCGACGAGCAGCGCGAGAAGAAGCGCGAGCGCACGAAAGAAGAGAAGGCGCCCGAGAAGGCGAAGCGCGAGACCGAGCUCUUCAACUAUGGCUUUGCGAUCGUCGACGGGCACUUGGAGAAAGUCGGCAACUUUCGCAUCGAGCCGCCCAACCUCUUUCGCGGUCGCGGCGAGCACCCGAAGACGGGUACGCUCAAGAAGGCGGUCAUGCCCGAAGAAGUCACGAUCAACUGUGGCAUCGAAGACCGCGUCCCUGUGUGCCCGAUGCCGGGCCACGCGUGGAAGGAGGUCAUCCACCGCGACACGGUCUCGUGGCUCGCCUACUGGAACGAAAAUGUCAUGGGCGGUAUCAAGUACGUCUGGCUUGCUGCGUCCUCAAGCUUCAAGGGCAAGGCCGACAUGGAAAAGUACGAGAAGGCGCGCCGACUCAAGAAGUUUAUCACCAAGAUCCGCAAGGACUACACGGAGGGGCUCAAGGCCAAGGACAUGUUUACGCGCCAGCGCUCAACCGCCAUGUGGGUCAUCGACGUGCUCGCGCUGCGUGUCGGCAACGAGAAGGGCGAGGACGAGGCCGACACAGUCGGCUGCUGCUCGCUGCGUGUCGAGCACGCGAGCUUUAGCGACGACAACUGCGAGCUCACGCUGAGCUUCCUCGGGAAGGACUCGAUGCCGUACAACAACACGAUCCGUCUCGCCGAAUAUGGCAGCGUCGGCGAGCUCGUGUACCGCAAUGUCAAGAGUUUUUGCGCCAAGAAGCAAAAGCAGCAAGAUAUCUUUGACGAACUCAGCGUCACGGAACUCAACAAGCACUUGAGCUCGCUCAUGCCCGGGCUCUCGGCCAAGGUCUUCCGUACGUUCAACGCAUCGGUCACGCUCGAGAAGGAGCUGCCGCACAUCUUGUCGGGCGACGACGUGGCGGUCAAGGUCGUCGCAUACAACGACGCCAACCGCAAGGUCGCGAUCCUAUGCAACCAUCAGCGCACGGUGCCCAAGAACCACGACACGGCGGUCGAGAAGAUGGUCGGGCAGCUCGACCAGAUGAAGGACCAGCUCAAGGAACUCGAAGAGAUGAAGCUCCUUUUGAAGAAGAACAAAACCAAGCAGAUCCAAAUCAAGACGGAAGAGCCGGAUGAUGACGCGGAGGCGAAGAAGGCCCAAGCGCAUCGCUUCUCCAAGGUCCCGACCGCCGACCAAGUCGACAAGAAGAUAGAUAGCUGGAAGAAGAAGAUCAAGGCGCUCGACCUGCGGCUGCGGGACAAGAACGACAACAAGGAGGUUGCGCUUGGGACGUCCAAGAUCAAUUAUAUGGACCCGCGCAUCACCGUGGCGUGGGCCAAGCGGAACGAGGUGCCCAUCGCCGGUGUCUUUCCGCGCGCCCUCCGCGAAAAGUUUGUCUGGUCGAUGGACGUGGAUGCCAACUGGACGUUCUAA